GACCGGCCAGUGAACUCAUUUCGGAGGGGCCGUCCCCACCAUAUGAUCCUAGCCUGCCACCAGCUGGGCCACCGCCGCCGCAGAAUCUGUUUGCGGUUGAGAUCACCCUGGCAGCAGCGGCUGUGUUGGAGAGGUUCACUCCAUGGUCUGGGCCCAUGUUAACAAGGAUCAGAGGGCAAAUCUCGAGGGCGAGCGGAAUCACCAUCGAAAUGCGUUCGAUGGCGCGACACGAGCUCCACAUGAGGGACGUUGUCCACAUCAGCGAUGAUCCACCAUCCACGGAGGCUGCUGCUCCUGUUGCUGAGACGGUUCCAAGACGCAGCAGCGGCGAGACCGAGACCGAGCGCAUUCGGAACGACAUGGAUCGGGAGGAACGAACUAGAAUGACAUCGGCAGAGGUGGAACGUGUAAACUCCGUGGUGCCGCUGGAGUAUGUGGAUGAGGAGGAUGAGCCACCGACGGCACCGGUCUUGGCGAACACUUUUCUGAAUGACCAUCGCACAUUGGUGGUGUACCUCCAGGGCCUCCGCCUGCAGAUCAACGACAGCAUCCACGCCCGAGGCUAUGAUCAUACCUUGCAGCCAGUGCAGUUGGAAACGGUGCAAGCUCAGCUUGGAAAGCUCCAAGUUCGUAAAUCGGUACCACCAGGAAUGGACAUGGCGUUUGCAGCGGACGAGGAGAUGGACACGUUCUUCGGGACAGUGUCAACCAAGAGCUCCGAGCGAGCCAGCAACUCCUCGGACACACCACAGGGGAAGCGUCGUCGAGAGUUUGUACGGAUGGGUCCAAGGGGCGAUGGGGGGUCGGGCUGGAACUGGCAAGGGGACACGGGCCGGGACAACGGUCCAUUGGUUCCUACUUUGGCACGGCUGGCCAUCAAGUUGGACGAGGAGAUCAGGGUCCUGAAGCAGAACACCGGGAUAGUCCUGUGGAUGAAACCCGGGGCGGACUCAGUGUUGCCUCACCUGUACAACACAGCGGUGGAGUUCAAGAAACAACAAAAAGACAAUCCCAAGUUCAGCUUAGCACAUGUUCCUCUCCGCUCCGUGCUUGCUUUGGCGAUGUUCCGGGAGCUGGGCAACAGGCUAGACCGAUUGCUGAAAACCCCGGACCUGAUGAAAGCUGCGGAAACUCGAGGGUGGCGAGAUCAAUCAGGAUGGAAAUACCAGGUGUGGAACGGCGCCCUUCGCCACCUCGAGGUGGAUCGCGAAAAGCCAACG